ACAGAAUAAAUUAUAUUUUAAUAAAUUAAGAUGCACACUCUUUGCCAGAAAUAUGAAGACUCAAUAAAGUAGCAAAAAAGUUCGCCCUUUUAUACUCUUGACGAAGCAGUAAAAUGCAUUCAACUUUUUUUAGGACGUUUUUUAAAAAAUCUUUUUAGCAAACAAUCAAUCUAGUAGGCUAUAAUUAGUAUAUCUAUUGACUUUUAAAUGAGUUUUAAUUGUUCAAAGCAUCAGAACAUAUUAUGGAGCGAAAAUUUGAAAUGGUUUCAAACGAACCCAACCCAUGUUGCAUGGCAUUACAGGCAAGGAUUGAUGCACUGGAAAAUGGAAUGGAAAAAGUUUGCAAGAAGCUGGACGAAAUGCAAAAAACAAAUGCAAAUAUGAAUGCUAAAGUAUUAGGCUUCAUGAACCAAUUAUCAAAAAAUAUGGUGGAGCCUAAGGUGGAGCUACCCAUAAUGGACGAAUUGAACCUUCAAUCAUUGGACAAUAAAAUUGGGGAGUCUCCCAAUAAUUACCUCCAACUAUUUAAGAGGAUGCUUAUUCCUGGAGGAAUUUCAAAAAAUCUCGAAAGAAUCUUUCAUAGAUCGCUUAUUUUAAAAAUGAAUUUUAAUGGCGAACUUGAAAAAAUUUCAUUUAGAAGAUAUAAAAAUAUAUACAACACGUUAUAUGGAAAGUUCUUUUUGCAGAAAUUCUUGCUUUUAGUUGCAUCUAAUUUAUUUUAAUCUAUAGAAGUAACAAAGUCAGAUGGAAGAACGGAUGAGGAAUUUGAAAAGGAAAUUCGGGAAGCAUUCCAACGUACCAAAAGGAAGGAGUACAAAGCUACCUAUCGCUCCAAAAAAAGGAAAUUGGAGGAAGAUUAAAUUUAAUUCUAAU